AUGCACUCCAGUACCUGUGUGAUUUCUUACUAUACUAUCGUUGGAACAGACCACCGAGACGAAGCCACAGUCAUAUGCCCGAAAUUAUUGUUUACCUUUUUGGCGCGCUUUUCCUGCAAUGUCUUGAGAGAUGGCUACCAGAACCGAGUCUGAUGUGCAGGCGUUGCUGCAGCAAGCCAACCUGAGAGAGGAGGACCUUCUUCCAGAGAUUCAGGUGCUCCAUUUCUCACCAGACUUCCUGCCAGAACAGGAUAAUGUACUGCUCAUAGAGCUGGACAAGAACCUCCUUAACUUAUUCAAGGAAGGGCAAAGUGCUGUGCUGCGUGGUGAUCCUCAGGAGAGUGCAGUGCUUUGCACCAAUGAUAAGACCUUUGAGGUUCGAGGGGCAGUGACAUCAAAUUCUGUGUUGUUGGUACCUGAGCUUUUUGUGCCUUCAGAAACAGAGGGGAAGCAGACACUAGUCCACAGAGAGGUUUCCAGCAUACACCACUCCUACCUGGAGGUGGUGCCCUGUAAACCACGCCUUCACAAGCUGCGCCGGCUGUUGGAGGAGUGCCCAUAUGAAGGAUCUGAUGAAAACCACCCAAGCAAGGGCCACAGGUACAGCCUGAAUGAACUACAGGAUCAAAUACAGUGCAGUGAGGAGGAGCUGGAAGCUGGAUUAAAAUCAGUUGGGGCCUAUCACAUAUAUGGUUUUUGGCAAAUCCCAAAGUUUGACUAUCAGUUCAGAAUUGUAUCUCACUUAACAAACCUGAUUGGAGACCAAGGAUGGCCACUAGAUGGCAUUCCAUAUGAAGAAGCUCUGAAUGAACUGAGCAAACUUGAGCCACGCACAGUAAUGGCCCAGUGUCUUGACUACUAUCUGGAGCCCAUGCAUGCAGAGAGGGAGGAGGACGGUGACUCACUGCAUGCAGUCAAUGGUGACAAGGUCUGCCGUCUCUUUGGGGAAGUGCUUCUCAGAUCUGCCAGGGGUAUGGAGCUUGAUGAGUUCAACACCAUGUGGGCAAACAGUGUGCCUAAAGGUCUGAGCACAAACCUAAGCCAGCUGAAAGGUUUGGUGUUGCUGGAUAAAUCUUCCCCAGCCACAGUCAUUACUUACUUCCCCACUGGUGAGCUGCCCAUUGAUAUCAAGAGUAGGUUUGAAACACUCUUUGAAGUGCAAGAGAAGUGGACCUACGAUGAGAUUCGGCCCUUUUUAGAUGACUUAGCAGAUAACAAGAACCCUGUGAGCACCUUGCUGAUGAAGCAUGCUCGGGGCUUCACUGUGGAUGGCACCAAGUACUACUCAGGAAGGUAUACCAAGUGAUGACAAGCUUGGAAAUGGCAACUGUUUCCUCUACUUGCAUAAGUCUUGUUCUUUGACCCCUUCAGAACCAUGUACAUAUUAAUGUUAAGACGAAAGAGAAGGAACAUGUGUAUUUAUCUUUUUCAUUGUCAUCAUGAUGUCAUCUGUAAAAGUAAGAUGCAGAUUUACUGCAGUUCUUGAAAAUGUACUACAAAAUAUUUGAGUAAUAAAAGCUUGGUCUUAUUUUCCUAGAUUCAGUAUGACAUGGAAGUACAUUGUAUCUUCUUUUGGUGUCAUGAAAAUUGAAAAAUAAAAAUGGAAUCCUUUAUGUUAACUUGAAGCAUUAAUAUACUCAAGAAA